AUGUCUCUCGCUCAUUGCCUCUUUUCAACUUCAAGAAACAUUACCAAAUCUGAAUCUUCUUCAAAUCCCCAUUCUUCAAUUCUCAAACACCGUCCAUUAUCUAAUCAUUUCUUCACUCUCCAAAAUAAAUUCCUCAACACAAAUCCUUACCUGUCUUACAAGCCUCAUCACCAAUUCUCAUCUAUCUCAAAAUUCAAACACUACCCUUUUGCUGGACUUUCAUCUUAUGCUGAAGCUGGUGGAGAGGGAAAACAAGAAAUCAUUCAAUUCAGUCAAAAUCACAAUGAGCAAGAGAAAGGUGUUGAAGAAGAGGAAUUACCAGGAAUGGCUCAGGCUUUUCAUAUUUCUUCAAGAACAGUCACUGCGAUUAUUACCUGUAUAGCAAUUUCAGCUCUUAGUCUUCCACUUUUUAUGAAAUCUUUAGGGUUGGGAUUGAGUUUGAAGACGAAAAUUCUGUCGUACGUGACUUUGUUGUUUGGGUUUUAUAUGGCUUGGAAUAUUGGAGCCAAUGAUGUGGCUAAUGCCAUGGGGACUUCCGUCGGGUCCGGUGCAUUGACGCUCCGGCAGGCGGUGGUUAUGGCGGCGGUUUUGGAAUUCUCAGGGGCCUUGCUUAUGGGAACUCAUGUGACUAGCACAAUGCAAAAUGGGAUUAUUGUUGCGGGUGUGUUUCAAGGGAAGGAUAUGCUGCACUUUGCUGGAUUGCUUUCUUCUUUGGCUGCUGCUGGUUCUUGGUUGCAGAUUGCAUCGUAUUAUGGAUGGCCUGUCUCGACGACACAUUGUAUAGUGGGAUCAAUGGUUGGAUUUGGCCUUGUCUAUGGAGGAGCUGGUGCUGUCUUUUGGGGCUCAUUGGCAAGAGUUGCUUCUUCAUGGGUGAUUUCUCCAUUAAUUGGAGCUUUGGUCUCAUUCCUUGUCUACAAGUGCAUUCGUAGAUUUGUGUACAGUGCAAAGAAUCCAGGACAGGCAGCUGCUGCAGCUGCACCAAUACUUGUAUUCCUCGGCGUAACCGGAAUAUCAUAUGUAUCAUUUCCAUUAAGUAAGAAUCUUAAAUGGGCUACAGCGCAGGCCGUUGCUUGUGGAACAGUAGGUGCAUUCCUUGUCGACAGAUUAAUUCAGGGACAACUUGGCCAUCUACUCAACAAAGCGGCUUCGUCAUCGAAAAGGACCGAUGAAAGUACGAUUGAGGGUAAAAAUAUUGGGUUCCUUGAUGAUAUUGCAGGUCCAAAGGGAACUCAGUUGGAGAUAGUUUAUGGGGUAUUUGGAUAUAUGCAGGUCCUUUCUGCUUGCUUCAUGUCAUUUGCCCAUGGUGGAAAUGAUGUAUCCAAUGCAAUUGGUCCGUUGGCAGCUGCAUUAUCCAUACUUCAUGGCAGUGUUAUUGGUGGGGCGGAGAUUGUCAUUCCAAUUGAUGUUCUUGCUUGGGGAGGAUUUGGAAUCGUAGCUGGGUUGAUGAUAUGGGGCUAUAGAGUGAUAGCAACCAUAGGGAAGAAGAUUACAGAACUCACACCAACAAGAGGAUUUGCAGCAGAAUUUGCUGCUGCUUCUGUGGUGCUAAUUGCAUCAAAACUGGGUUUGCCAAUCUCAGCAACUCAUACAUUGGUUGGUGCAGUAAUGGGCGUAGGCUUUGCAAGAGGACUUAACAGUGUUAGAGCAGAAACUGUAAGAGAGAUAGUUCUAUCUUGGGCUGUGACAAUUCCUGUUGGUGCUUUCCUUUCAGUUCUCUAUACAUGGAUCUUAACCAAGCUUCUGUCAUAUAUUUUAUGA